CCAAUUUCACGCAACGUACAUGAGCUCCCGAUUUUAGUAACAAAACCCAAUCGUCCAUUUAAUCCCAUCUUCCUCCAAAUUUAAUACAAUUUGCAAUAUGAUGUCGGAAAAUAACGAUGAGAGGGUGCUGAAUCCAUGGCUUCUUCACCUGCACAAGCUCUCCUUAGCUCUCAAAUGCCCCAUCUGCAUGGAGUUGCUUGAUGAACCUGUUUUGCUCCCGUGUGAUCACUUGUUGUGCAAUUCAUGCAUUUGUAAACAGAGCAAAAAGGGUUCGAAAUGUCCUGCUUGCCAAACAAAUUAUGUUGGUCGAGAUACACGAUCAGCAUUUUUUAUGGAAAAUGUGAUAGCAGUCUUCAAAAGCUUGUGUUCGACUUCCCUUGCUGACACAUGCCAUCCGCUUGCUUCUGAUGUUGCAAAACUGUCAGAGAAGUCUCCUGCAUCAGCUAUAACAAAUCAGGAGAUACUAGAGGAGUCUGUUGAAACAUUUGCAGAGGAAAAUUCCAUCAAUGGAAAAUCUAUGAGUUCCUUGAAAGGUAGUAAAACGCAUGCACAAAUUUGCUUAAAAGGAGAUACAAGUGGUAGAAAAGAGGACAGGUCACUGCAGUCCCAGCCUCCUGGUCAUCUGAAAAAUGGGAAUCUAAUCAAAAUUGCUGUGAAGACAGUAAAAAUGAACCAAAAACGGCUGUCAGUAGGCAGGACUCGCUCCUUGAGAGAGAUCUAUAAGGAUGCCAAGAGACAAAAGAUAUUAAAGUCACCAGAAGCAUACAAUGACGAGUGUGGCUAUUGUCAUACUUUUGAAGUGGAGAAGGGUCAAAUUUUACGUCAUGAAAAUCGAGAGUUAGUACCUGGAGAUGCGUCUUCCUCUAGGAUUAAUAAUGUUCAAAACGCUUGCAUUAUUCGUAUCCCUAAGCAGCCAGAUUUCUGGUCGACAUCGUGUGAUGGAGUAAAGACUUGGGUAUUCUGUGGAUCUGCUCUGUCUUCCACAAAUCUGUGUUAUCUCGUCAAGUUUGCUAGAUGUUGUGGUGCAACCGUGACAAGGUUUUGGAGACCAGAUGUAACCCAUGUAAUUACUGCCACAGAUGCAAAUAGUUCAUGUACGAGGACACUGAAAGUCCUCAUGGCAAUUUUAUACGGACAAUGGAUCAUCUCUAUGGACUGGAUAAAAUCUUGUGCGAAAGCAAACAAACCAAUGAACGAAGAACCUUAUGAAGUCACGCUAGACAAUCAUGGAGCUCGCGAUGGCCCUAAGACCGGCAGACAUCUGACUUUGGAUAAUGCAAGUACAAAUCUUUACUAUGAAAAAACGAAAUAUAUUACCAUAAGAAUAAUGUGCAUCAUUGAUAUAAUUAUCCAAUUGCGCUCAGGGCCAAAACUUUUUGGUAGCCUGAUAUUCUACUUCAGUGGAGAUUUUGACUCGGGUCUCAUGAAUGACCUCAAAACUUUGGUUCUCGCUGCUGCUGGUACUAUUAUUGAGAACAAGGAACACCUUGUCUCACAAACUUGUGUUGCCGAGGGAACCUCAAAAAUUCUAAUUGUGUAUAAUGCGGAUCACACAUAUCACUGCACAACAGGAGAUGAAGAUUCACCUGUGGUGGAAAUACUAGAGACUGCAGAAAAUUUGGCUCUCAGAAUUGGUUCCAGAAUUAUACAACACACGUGGAUUUUGGAAUCAAUUGCUGCGUGUAAGUUGCAGCCUUUGCCCUGCUAUUGGUGAUUUCUUCACAGGGAAUGGCCUAUCCCCGGCAUGAUAAGAUUUAUACGCAAUUGUGUAAUGUGUAGGUAUAUCUUAUUUUAGUGCAACUUUUUUUUUUUUUUUUUUUUGGUAAUAAUCAUAUCGUAUGAUACCCAUUGCCAGUAGAUGAAAGACAUGAUGUCUUAACAUAUGUUGACUUAUAGUAAUAACUUUUGCUACAUUUGGUUGUAGGUGAUGAAUUUAGGUGGGAAUGGAAUGCAAUUUGGUAGAUAAGAUAUGUAUAAUCUUUAUUCCUCUUUCCGUUUUAGUCAUACAAAUCUAAAUUAAACCUCAAUCCUACAAAUUGUUAUAUCAUAGCUAAAAUGAAACAUGCAACUCUGUAUCAUGACUAAAAACUAUUAUAAUAAAAAAAAAAAUAGGAAUGCUAUAUAAAGUUUUGGGAUAGAAUAUUUAAAUUUGUUUACAGAUCAAGGAUUUUUGUAGCAUGAUGUGGUAGUUAUGUUCUAUGAUAGAUGUUGUGCUCGUGCAAAGAAGACGAUGUUAGUUUUGGAUUUGAGGAUCCUUGCGCAUUUCUUAUUUCAUGUAUAUCUACACUCUUUAAUAAAACAAUGAAUCACUUGUGUAGCUUUGAAAUUAUCUGCUUAGGUACAAUUUACCAACUUACAAGUUAGUUAGUCUGUUAUCAAUUUAAUUUUAUAGGCUACACAAGUCUUUUAUGCGGGCAUUAAUCUGCUAAGGAAAAUGUUAUAUCCAGAGCAACAUUUUUGUUUCCAGAGUAAAUUUAAUUAUCUUUUCCUCUUGUAUCCACAUAAAUCAUCCAAUUUUAGUACAAAUUUUGCAAAUUGCUCUAAAAAUUUAAAAACUGCUCUAAAUAUAACAUUUUCCGUAUACUAAUCUCUACAUAUAUUUGAUAAUUCUGCAUAGGUGUCUGGAUGCUCAAUCUUAGACCUCAUAUGUAGUUGCAAGGGUUGGCAACAUAAAAAUAGCAUGUGUCAACAUAACUUAUAUGAUGAAUAAAUUCUCAAAUUUAC